AUGAAGUCUUUCCUAUCCAUCGCCCUCGCUAUUCUCGGCAGCGGCAUCAUCACUUCCGUCCUUGCCACUCCUCGCCUAUGGAGCGUGCUUAAGAGCAACCGUACCCUCCAAGGUAGCACCUACAGCAACCGCAGCCACUCCGCCGGCAUUCAGCUCGCCACCGCCGACCGCCUCCCUGACAAGCAUCAUGCGGGCUACAUCGUCCACUCAUUCCUGGAUGACGACUUUGACUACGCCACUGCUUCAUCCUUUACGCGGAACGUCUCUGCGCGGUACAAUGUCGGCGCCAUCACCAUCGAGCCGGAUCAGUUCGUCCACAGCCAGAUCUCGAUGCACCAGCAGAUUCAGAUUGGUGGAGACAACGGAGACGACAAGGGCGACGAUUGCGAUGGCAACUUCUUGACGCUUGGGACACAAACCACCGUGAGUAUCUUUUGGGGGGACAGAAGCUGGGAAGAUCCGUUCACUGACGAGAGACUCAUGUAUCGGCAGCUCACGUUCAGCGGAAGAACUGCUCGUCGUCCAUACUACUACUGGGCUCGGGAUCCCCAGCCCUUCUACUUUGAUCAGGACUUCGGACCUGUGUCUCCUGGUGACGAGAUCUACAGCCAUAUCAAACUCAUUGGCACCACGGAUGCGGAGAUUGUUUUAGUCUUCCAGAUGCACUGUCUGACACAAGAUAUCCGAAGCUGGUAUGAGAACAUGUCCCAAGGCACACGUUUUGUCAAGCAGAUUACCGGCGCCCCAAUCUGCAUUGACCACACCGCCGGCUCAUGGAGUGUCGGCUUGGAGACUGCAACCUUAGGCCCACGCCCCGAUGGCAGCGAUGAGCCGACGCCAGGUUUCGACAGUCGUAUCUUCUGGGACGUGAAGAUGUACAGCGACAGCAUCUCGAGGACUCGGCUGCCCUAUUAUCAGCCGCUUGACCUUGUGCGGCCAAGCACAGGUAAUGGAGAGGGUGGAGAGUACGAAGAGGGUAAAAACGUGCAGUUUGCUACGUCCUUCGACCCUUUUCCUGGCGAAGACUAUUUUGGAGUCUAUUGGAACAUGAUUCCAAGCUGGGUGGCCACUCAAUCGGAGGACCCGGGCCACAAUUGA